AUGUGGUCCAAACUCACCAGCGCCGUCAAGUCGCGCUCCGGCGUCGCCUCGUCCGACUCCGAUGCUGACCAGCCCCACCUACCGGCACAGCGCCAACCGAAAGGCGCUGCCGUCGUCAACACCCUCAACGCCCUCCAGAGCCGAGCGUCACUCGAACUACUGAACGAGCGCGCAAGACAGGGUGCAAUGUCACCUACGCUCUCCCAAGCUACACUGUCAUCCGCGUCUACCUCGAGCCACCCCUACAACGAAGCCCAAACACUCGGCCGCGCAGACGUCAUGUCGAAGGUCUACCAGCAACAUCCCAACCUUUCCGUCUUCCACUCGAAUGAUUCAACGGAUGUGCCGUUUCCGACACCCUCGCCGCCACCUUCCCCGUCCAAGACCCAAUCCGGCAUACGGAACAUGUUCAAACGGAACCCGCAACAUCAGCAACAUCCGUUUCAAGGCGACAACGAGGGCGAACAUGCUCGACCUGCUUCCCCGUUCAAGCUCCCGCUGCUCCCCAAGAAGGGUGCUGCUCAGAAAGCGCAGACGCUCGCGAUCAAAACCAACUUAUCACAGGUAUCGCUGGACAAACCGUCGGCAGAAUCGCCGCGCCCACAAAGCUCUCUGCGGAGAUCGUUCGACAACCUACGGCAAUUCACGCAGCCGCGCCCGGACACAAACACAACCUCAAAUGGUGCUAAUCCGCGUCCUACACGACCCUCGGUCGACAGCACUUCAAGCGCCGACGUUCGGAAUCCCGGGACGCCUGUGUCCGCUGUAAGCGAGCAUGUAUUGGACCACAAGGGCUCGCUUCGGUCGAUCUUGAAGGAUCGCAAUACUCCCGGCACAGGCCGGAGCGUGCGGUUCUUCUCCAGGGAUGCGUAUAAGGUGAUCAGCCCAGAUGUUACUGCGAGCGAGGCGGAGCAAAGUAGCAAGGAGGCCGUCGUCGCCGAAGAAGAGAACGCAUUUAUCAACAAACUACAAGCCGCUGCAUCGUUCAAGAACCGCUCACCUCCGAGGGCGUCCGUUCUGGACGUCUUCUCCCCUUCAAGCUCCCCAUCCGCCCAGGAUACCCUCAAAUUCAACGUCCCAGCGACCAGCACCGCACCGCCUACGCCGUAUGCGGAUAAUCACGCUUCCAGAUCCCAGUUCAAACCUGACGCAACCGGGAUGUCUAUGGGUCUCAUGCCACCGCCAGAUGUCUCCAACAUAUUCGACCUCAGUAUGCGGGAACAGCUCCCGCCCAUCCCCAUCAGCUCGGAGGGUCUGAUGGACGGCGCUAUUGAAAUUCAUGAGGAUAACGAUGGGCCUGCCGUUCGAGUCGGGAAUGCUUCGCUAGACAGCGGAAGGUCGUACGUCGAUGCGUCCCUGGAUAGCAACGCCAGCAAUAUGUCGUUCGACUCCAAUGUCGAGAUGGGCAUCGCGAAAGGCAACCUCACGAACGAGGGCGGCUACUUCGACGUCCCCCCUCCGCUGCCAGCGAAGCACUCGCGCAGCGCAUCGUUCGGGAGCUUGCUCGGCCAGACGGUAUUCCAUUCCCCUUCCGGUUCUGUGUCAUCAGGCCCGCAUUCAGCGCCGCUGUCCAACAACCCGUCCCCGCUCAGCUCAAGCGGAGUACUCUCCGCCAACCCUACCACCUCUCCGACCAACGCUGUCCAACAGAGCCCCGGCAUUGGUGUCUUUAAGGACGGCCGUUUCAUCGCUCAUCACAAGCGCGUGUCUGAGGUGUCGACGGCGUCCGCGGGCAAGUUCUCCGUCAGCUCGUCCUCGUCCGGCUCCGGGUACGGGCAGGUCAUCCCGAGCAAGUACGACAUUCGCGCGUCGCCAGCGUCGGGCAAGUCGAGCCUUCAACGCGGAGAUUCUGCAGGCAGCUACAGGAAUCGCGCGUUCAGCGAUACCGUGUUUCAUUCUAUGCUACGUGGGGGCGGUGGCGACAGCACGCCCAGCCCGAACGCUAAGAGGAGUUCGCGACAGGUGCUUCCCGGCGGAUUCGAGUCGCGCGUGCUCAUGGGGUACGAGGUCGACCCGUCCCGAGCAGGUCUUGGCGACGUCGAGGAGGAGGGCUCGCGCCCGGUGUCGUUCCUCCCCGGGAACGGGACCCCGGAGGCGGACAUCAACGACCUGUCGUCGGACGCGCUUGCGCAAGGCGUGUUCGCGUCUCGGGCGCAGUCGCCGCAAGAGGGUGAGGGCGGCGAACCCGACCCGUUCAGCACGCACGCGACCGCGUAUUAUACACCCGCGACGCCGCCGGAGAAGAAGGCGAAGGCGGUCGCGCGCGCGGUACGCGGCGGGACGGCGUCGGCGGAGGAAGACCUCAUCGUGUCGUUGCGCACGCAGCUUGCGCUCCGGGAGGAGAUGUGCAAGCAGUUCGAGAUCGAUCUAGGGGCAAGGGACGAGCUCGUGAACGGGCUCGCGGGCAAGUGCGAACGUGUGGAGGCGGAGGUGGAGAAGCGCCGGGCGCAGCUGAGGGCGUGGAAGAAGCGCGUUGGGGAGCUCGAGAGGGCGUGCAGGGGGCUGGAGGAGCAGGUGGAUAGAAGUCGACAGGAAAGCUUUGAGAGGAGUGUCAUGGAUGAGGCGAGCGGAGAGGCUAUGCGGGAGCUGCAUCGCCGCAUGGGGAGGAUGGAGGCGGAGAGGAGGGAGUGGGAGGGGAGAGAGCAGUCCGUGCUGCGCGAGCUGCAUGAGGCGAGAAGUAGGGGCGAGGAGGCGGAGAACGAGCUGAAGACGCUGAGAGCCGAACUGAAGAGGAGAGAGGAAGGUGAGGAAGAGUUGAGGAGGGGCAUCCGUGAGGCGAAGGAGCAGAUGGAGAUGAUGGAGCAGCUCGCAGCAGGCGAGGGCGACAAUUCUAUGGUGGUGCGCGAGCACGAGCGUGCUGCUCUGGAGCUGUUGCAGGCGGAGAAGCGGGACACGUCGCAGUCCUUGGACAGCGCGCGGGGCCAGAUUGAAGAGCUGGAGGAACGGCUGGCGAAGCGCGAUCAGGAGUAUGACGUGCUCAAGGCCGAGCUUGAGGCGCAGUGGAAGGGUACGGAGGAGGCUAGCGAAAGGAUGGACCGCGUGACGAGGGAGAGGGAUGCGGCUCGGGCGGAAUUGGAGGAGUGUCAACGGAGGAUGGAGGGGAUGGAGGUGGAGUGGCAGACGAGCGAGAACAGGAAGAUGGAGCUCGAGGCCGAGGUACAGGACGUCCUCGCUGCCAAGGAAGACUUGGAGCACGAAAGGGAACAGCUCGAGGAGGAGAUCCGACAGGAACGUGCUCACGCUGAUCAGCUGGAGUCCGCCGUUCAAGAACGCGAUGCACGCAUUUCAGAGCUAGAACAGGAACGGAAGUACGCCCUUGACAAGGCUACCCGCACAGAAGAACUCGUCAAGGAGCGUGACGCUGAGAUCGAGAAUCUGGCCCAUCGCGUCGUCUCAUGUGAAGACGAAGCCGAGAACCUCCGCGAGCAGCUGUCCACCGUCAAGCGCGAGCACGGCCGCCUCGCGGAUGAGCAUCGCCGAACGCUCGAGGAGGGUGACAAGCGCUCGGACGAACGCGUCUCGCAGGUGGAAAACCUGCUCAAGGAGAAGGCGGAGGCGGAGGUGCAGCUCCGUGCCCUCGAGGAGCGGGUCAAGGCCCUCGACGAUGAGGCGAACAAACUGCGGAGGCAGGUGCACGAGCUGAAGAUGGAGGGUUCGGACAAGGACCUGAAGAUGGUGCACAUGAAGAAGCAACUCGCCGCUAUGGAAGAGGACAACGAAGGCCUGAACGUUGCUCUAGAUUCUAAGCAGCAGGAGUUGGAACUUGUCAAACGGAAACUUGCCGUUCGCGCUGCGACGGCAGGUACGCCUACGCUCUCCAAGACGACGCGUCGGGAGUCGGUGCUAGCUACGCCGGCCUCGCGUCGGUCUUCCGUCGUCGCCGCCGACACACCCAGCUCGUCUCGGCCUUCGUCAGCCAUGUCUGAGGCGAACACGACAGCGAAGGCGCUCAGCAAAACCUCUCGCCCGAAUCAUAUGGCCACCGAUUCGGUCGGUUCCGUGGGCUCGAGCGGUUCGAGCACCGCAACAAAAGCGAAAAUUGCCGGAGCCAUGGGUCCGCCUUCAUCCAUCGUCAUCAAGCCACGAUCUUCCGUGUCUGGCACAACGGCAACACCCGCGUCUCGCGUCCGGUCUCCGGUAUCGGUCUCCACGACCGCGAGUCGUCUCUCCGGCGCUCGCUCCCCGCCCUCGGCCUUGCCCCGUUCUUUGACGGCGAGCAUGAGCAGGCGCGUGUCGGUUGACGCAUCGACGAGGACGCCGAUCAAGAACCGCGGCGCGCCGAACCAGAGCGAAAGCGAGCAGAGUGGCAGCGGCAAGGAGAACAACCCGAAGGCUGCGAGAAGGAUGUCGGCCAUCCCGGUGCCCGCGUGAUAUACCCCCCCUCCCUACCAAACAACCGCAUCAUACACGCUAUAAUCGAUCGAUACUUGCAACCCACCUCGACAAUGUAGCAUCUCUCAGCACGCACACGCCGCACCUACGCAUUUAUGCACGCAUAUCGAUAUUUAUCUAUCGGGGUGCGCUCGGUAACAACGACGUAACCUCCCC